AUGCUGGGGAAAGUGAGAAACGGAAUUAUUGUCAUUUACGUGGCUAUAGGACUUUUUUAUAUAUUGGCCAAUAUAAACGGAUCUUCAACCUACAUGAGACCCAAGCGACAGAUGUGGUCUAUGGAUCACCACCCAGCCAUUGUUUUAUAUAGGCAACACCCGAAUGCGAUGCGAAAAUUCUAUUGGUACAAUUCAAGGACACCAAUAAUGGUGGGAAAAAUGCGACUUAAAAACUAUAUGCGUAGUAUGCAAAUGUUGCCACGAUAUGCAAUGCUCUCGCCUGUUCAGUAUCACGAUACUUUUGGGAAUUCGAAAAGAAGCGUCUUCAGAGAUUUAAACAAUAUGCAUGGAUUUAAAACCACAUCAACAACGCCUGCAACAACCAUGGAUUACGUUGCAGCUCAACCGAAUCCUUCAAUGCUGUUUAGUACAGGUCCGAUUCACCGCCCUGUGGAAUAUAUAGCCCCCGUAAUUGUGAAUCCAUUCGUACCCCUAACGGCUAAAACACCUAGUGCUGAGCGUCUUAUAGGAGUUACCAAUAGGUGGAAUCAUUCACGCUACUCCAGCGAAAGUUGGAACAACAAGUGCCCAGAACGAAUAAUGAACACAGCCGCCGGAACUACCGAAGACUGCUUUAGAAGCUCUCCUCCGGACUUUGCUAAAGAUCAAUAUACUGCUCAUAGCAUGCCAGUCAGUGAAUUGCCAGUCACAACAACUAAUUUACCGUUUUUUAAUUAUGUUGCGCAUACCUUUUUUACGCUUGACGAUGUCAUUCUGCCCCGUUCGAAGCCAGGAAAACCUUCCGUGAAAGACACCAACGAAUUUCGACCAAAACCAGCAGUUUUCACAACCGAUAUUACAAAAGAGCUCGUUACUGAGCGCUUCCAGCGUACAACGCACGCAAUACCAACAACAAUUACCACGACAGAAACUGCAUGGCUACCAGUCAAACCCACAUUUAUGAACACGGAGUACAUAAGCAGUUCUAGUUUCUUUAGUCCAACAAUUCCGACAACAACAACUACACCAGCGCCUUCAACAACAACAACAAUCGUUAAAACUGAAGCGAAAGUUUUUGAAGCCCCUACAAUUUGGACAACAGCUCAACCUAUAAGAAAUAAUUAUUCAGCUCCAAAUGUUUCAACGGAGUCAUAUAAGCAAAGAUUAAAAUCAUUAAAGGCUACGAAAAACUUUUCUUCAAAUAUUGAAACUAAACUCAAAUUGCUAAAACUUCACUUGAAAAACCUUGUCUCCACAAAGGAAACGUCAAAGUUCAUUCAAAACGUAACGACGUCAGCUGUUAUCGAUAGUAACAGUACAAUAAGCGAUAACACAACAACCCCGACCCCGACACCCGCGACGAGUAGAAGAAAUGCCAAUCGAAAAUUAAGAAAAGUCAGGAUUUUAUCAUCAACUAAAAAAACUCCAGUUCAGAUAUUACGAAACUCUACAAAUUCCAAUAAAUCCAAAAUGGAGCAUAAGAAACCAAAAAGAAUGUUCGAAAGACGAAAACUCUUCAAUUCUACUGUUGCCCCAGAAAUAUUAAAAAACGCAUCAGCUGAUGAUAUCGAUUUGGUCAACAAGUUUAAACGGCGAACCACAGUAAGCAGUCGAAAACAGCUAAAUGUUGCAGAAAGCCCAAGCGUUCGAAACUCAACGAAAAUACUUAGCCACACAAUUGCAAAAUCCCGCGCCGAUGGGAUACAAGAAGAAAAGUCAGCAUCCGCUUUGGUAACGGAAUCUGCAAUUAUGACAAUAUCCAGCGGAAAUAUAAAGCUGAGGCAGCCAAACAUAAAAGUAAAGUCGAAACAGCACAGCACAAGAAAAAACAUUAAUUUGGAGAAUGAUAAUUUUAUUCCGUCCCUUCCAAUAGAGGUAUAUUUUAAGAAAGUCAAUCAGCAAUAAAUGUGCAUAGUCUGAAAGUCACGCGAAAGAACAUAUUAAAUUAUUUAUAAUUGCAGAGACAUUAUUAAGCACCCCUUAAAUAUGCGUUUUAUUUAAUUUAUUAUUAUUUAACGGGGAACAC